AUGAGCCUUCAGAGCCUUCCUCUAGAGGUCUUGCAACACAUUUGCAGCUAUCUCGGCCACAAAGACCUCCGAGUGGUCUCCACAACCAGCAAAGAAUGCCAAUCAGCCGCAAAUGUGCACUUGCUGUGCAGGAUUGAUAUCAAAGCUUUAGGUCGAGAGGAAUUGCAGAGUGAUGUGGGCCGUUGGAGAUCCAUACUUGAGCGUACAGUCGGCUUUGCUUAUGUGAACCAAGUGUUCAUCACAGCCUAUAUGCCUUGUGAAGAAGACCACAUUCGAGAGGUCGACACAGCAGCACCAGAAGUACGGAAAGGCUUUUUCGCGCUCGAUUCGAAUAAGGUACCACUUAUGAACAUCGAUGAAGAAAAUGAUUCCUGGGCCCCACUUGCUCAACUUAUUCACCAACUUCCUGCACUUUCAGACGUACAUUUUCAUUGCGCGAACCAAUUCCCUCGUACUCUUCUGGAUACACUCCAUCACAAAGUUCCUUUGUGCAAGCUACCAAUUUCCAAGUUUCAUUUGCGCAGUUUAUAUGAGCCCUAUAUGGAUCCUCGCGAAGUUGCACUUAUUAAAUCGCCAUGUCUGAACGGUGUCCAAGCAUCAUGUCGACGAUUUGACAGUCAAGACAGAGUGGACUACAACCAGGAUGCUCUCUAUCGGAUUGCAUCUGGCUUGGCCCCGAACUUGAGAAUUGUCAAAAGCUAUCUGGCGGACUGGGAUGCUAACAGAUCCGCUCUCAACAGUCCCAGACUAAUCAUCUGGGAAGCUCAUAUCGACUUUUCCAAACUUGAGAUCCUGUCCUUACGCUGCUAUGAGGAAUACUCCAAUAUUGCGGAAUGGCUUCGGUCUAUGCAAAACUACGCCUUGGACUCUCUCAGGACGUUGCGGAUGUAUGUUACGGAACGGUCUCCAGACGAACAGUACUACCAAUCUUUCGAUUCGUUUAUCCGAAGUUUGAAACCUCUCACAUGCCUGAUGAUCAGGGCAAAUCUUCGUCCCAACGCGCUUGAAGCCAUCGUUGAGCGCCACGGUCCGUCCUUACGCGUGCUCUCCUUCGAUCACUUCCCCGUCGAUCACGUCCCUGAUACUGGCCGGCCCCAAAUUGAAUUGCAUCAUGUGCAGCUCCUCCAGAAACACUGCCCUCUGCUUGCUGAUCUGACGCUGCGUAUCCCGCGCUCGAAAGGAGAUGCACAAGAAGUGAUGUUCUAUAAGACGCUUGGAUCUUUUCCAAGACUUCAGGUUCUUAGGCUGACCCUGGAUUCUCCUUCAUAUGCUUUCGUGUUGAAGAACAAUAACAACAGCUCGCUCCUGUUAAGCGACGUGAGUUUCGACGAAUUUGACAGGCAGCCAUUCUCCAUGCAAGGACAGGUUAUAAUGGAUGGGCUUUGCAACGGCCAUGUCAGAGACUCUUUCAUCAACCGAGCAAUGGACGAGAAACUGGCCAGAUCCAUUCUGGAGAUUAUAUCGACCGGCAAGCGAAACCCUCAGUUCCCAAUCAAACACUUGGAGCUAAAGAAUAGGACUCCAUAUUUCUCUCAUCUAGCGAGAGAUCGUCUCCUGCAACUUGGCCACGUCGAAGAACACAUUGGAGAAUCAUGGUCAUUUCACUCUGGCUCGGGAGAUAACAAGCAUGAAAACUUCGUCGCGAAACAAGGUUAUCAUAGUUCCAUCAUUAGGCCUCCUGUCCUUGAUCCAGGUCUCGAUGCAGUGUUUCGAAAAACUUGGCCGCGAAGAGAUAAUGAUACCGGUCAUUGGCAACAAGAUUGGCACAGCUUUCCCCUUUUCACCACGUAGCACUCUAAGAUAUCUCGUCAAAAUGUACGAGGGGUAAGUACCGUUCACUGAUUGUCCGGAGCGCGUCUUUCAGAAGCGAUGGAGGUUUUUAUAGGUCAGCCAGUGAAUUUGUGCGGCUAAAUGGGGCAAUGAGACUUGGGAGACGGUUGAAAUUUCUGCAUUGGUCUUUCCGCCUCUUGAUUUUGUCCGAUCGAGCCACGAAGUAACGUCUUGCCCUGGAAUAUCUGGCCAAUACUUUCACGGAGUCCUAAGAGGAGCAUAAUGCACAUUGUACCGUUAUGCUGCCUUGAUAUUAUGAGCUAAAAAAAGUCUGUUCAAUCUUCCAAGCUUCAUUGCGCGUGCUAUCAAUGAAGUUGAAUACAUUCGGCAUGACUUCGAAUAAGUUGUAUAGAUAUCUUCCCAAUGCUUAAACGAGAAUAUGAU